CACCUGCAGCGUAAAUUCAAAGCCCUCACUUUAACGAACUUAACCCAUUGGAGCCAUCGCCCACUGAACCUUCUUAUUUCCUCGGUCUCAUCCCAUCUCAAUUUCAACCGUUCUCAGGUUAAAUUAGUUCACUCCCUUAUAUCAUUCUUCAUUUCUUGACUCCUCAAUCCUAAUCACCAAUUUUCACAGAUCACCCAAACUUGGAUACAAAAUCUAAUUGCUCUCAGCUCAACUGUGUCAAUUUGAUUCGGAUAUGGCUUCUUCAAUGCUUUCUUUAGCUUCCGCUUCUCCUUCUGCUUCGCUUUCUAUGCAUGACACUCUCAAGGGAAAGGUGAGGCUUGGAAGUGGCAAUUUGACUGCGUGGUUUCACAAGGAGAAAUCCAAUCCCUUUAUAAACACUAAGUCUUCAGGCAGGAUAUCUAUGGCUGUUGCAGUCAAUGUUUCUCGUUUUGAGGGUAUAACAAUGGCCCCCCCUGAUCCAAUUCUUGGAGUUUCUGAAGCUUUUAAAGCAGACAAUGAUGAAAAGAAACUCAAUCUUGGAGUUGGGGCCUACCGAACUGAAGAGCUACAGCCUUAUGUUCUUAAUGUUGUUAAGAAGGCUGAGAAUCUUAUGCUCGAGAGGGGUGAAUAUAAAGAGUAUCUUCCCAUAGAAGGUUUGGCUGCAUUCAAUAAGGUGACUGCAGAGUUAUUACUUGGAGCAGACAACACAGUGAUAAAGCAACAAAGAGUUGCAACAGUCCAAGGUCUUUCAGGCACUGGUUCUCUUCGUUUAGCUGCGGCUCUCAUUGAGCGAUAUUUUCCAGGGGCAAAAGUCCUGAUAUCAUCUCCAACUUGGGGUAAUCACAAGAAUAUUUUCAAUGAUGCUAGAGUCCCUUGGUCUGAGUACAGAUACUAUGAUCCCAAAACAGUUGGGUUGGAUUUUGAGGGAAUGAUAGCAGACCUAAAGGCAGCCCCUGAAGGAUCAUUUAUUUUGCUUCAUGGCUGUGCUCACAACCCAACUGGUAUAGAUCCAACCCCUGAACAGUGGGAAAAAAUUGCCGAUGUCAUUCAAGAGAAGAACCACAUUCCAUUUUUUGAUGUUGCAUACCAGGGAUUUGCUAGUGGAAGCCUUGAUGCAGAUGCAGCAUCAGUGAGGUUGUUUGCUGCACGUGGAAUGGAGCUUCUGGUAGCUCAGUCAUACAGUAAAAACUUGGGUCUAUAUGCAGAAAGAAUUGGGGCAAUCAAUGUCAUCUGCUCAUCAGUAGAUGCCGCAGCAAGGGUUAAGAGCCAGCUGAAAAGGCUUGCACGACCAAUGUACUCAAAUCCUCCUGUACAUGGGGCUAGGAUUGUUGCCAAUGUUGUUGGGGAUCCAACUCUCUUCGAUGAAUGGAAAGCAGAGAUGGACAUGAUGGCUGGAAGGAUAAAAGGUGUUAGACAGAAAUUAUUUGAUAGUCUUUCUGCAAAAGAUAAGAGUGGGAAGGAUUGGUCUUUUAUAUUAAAGCAGAUUGGCAUGUUCUCCUUCACAGGAUUGAACAAAGCUCAGAGCGAGAAUAUGACCAAUAAGUGGCAUGUUUACAUGACAAAGGAUGGAAGGAUUUCCCUGGCUGGAUUGAAUUUGGCCAAAUGUGAAUACCUUGCAGAUGCAAUUGUUGAUUCAUAUCACAAUGUCAGUUGAAAUGAUAGAAGCAUGAGUUGCUCAUAUUAGAAGCAAACCUUGGAAAGUUUUGGUGAGUUCAAUGUUUUACUGAGCUAAUAUGACUUUAAAUUUUGUAAUAAAUGUUUAAGUCCACCAUCAGAAAUCCCUGUAAUGGGAGAAUUUUAUGUGAGAUUAGUAAUCAUAUUCCAGUCUCUUUUAACA